CACAUACACACACACACACACACACACACACAUACACACACAAACACACAACAUGUCAGACCACCACCACCACCACCCACCUCCACCACCACCACCACCACCACCACCACUAUUCCAGCACCUCCUCCUCCUCCUCCUCCUCGUCUUCACCGUUCCUCCCAAACCAGGGGAGUGUCUGGUGGGGGUACAGGAGGGCCCCCAGUUUGUGGUGGAGCCCCCUCCUCUCUCUCCUUCCUCAACACCACCGGAGCUGCCCUGCAUUGCUCUGCCCACGGGAACCCACCUCCCACGGUGUCAUGGGUUGUGGGUGAAUCAGGACUCCAAGCUGCGGGAACUGUGGUGGGGGUCCGCGAGGCUCUACACAACGGGACUCUUCUGUUCCUGCCAUUCAGUCCUCGCGCCUACAGACAAGAUGUACAUGCCUCCGCUUACCGCUGUCUUGCCUCUAAUAGUGUUGGCAGGAUUGUAUCGAGAACCGUGACUGUCAGAGCUGUGGUCCGCCAGCAGUACGAGGUUCAGGUUUACGACGAGUACGUAAUUAGCGGAAACACAGCGGUUCUCAGGUGUCGCAUCCCCACGUACGUGCAAGAGUACGUGAAGGUAGUGGCGUGGGUUCAAGACGAUACGUACGUGAUUCAGCCCGGCCUGGAGAGUGGUGGAAAGUACAUGAUUCUUCACGAUGGGUCCCUUCACAUCUACCGCGCCGAUCCUUCAGACGGGUACCCCUCUUACCGCUGCCGCACUAACCACACGCUCACCGCCGUACUCUCCCAGUCCUCCGCCGGCCGUGUCAUGGUUACUGAGCCUCACGGUAAUGUGGCUCCGCGUCUCAGUGUGGACAAGAGAGUGACGGUCGAGGUGCGUGCGGGACAGUGGGCGGUCCUCCCCUGCGCCGCCCAGAGCCACCCCACGCCCACUUACAAGUGGGUGCGGCUUGGGGAGAGCGUGAUGGCUGGCGUGGUGGGGGGCUCGUCGCGGUACAGCCAAGUGGGCGGGCUGCUGGUCAUCACAGGUGUGGGCGUGGCGGACCAAGGGCGAUAUAUGUGCUUCGUGAAUAACAGUGUGGGCCAUGACACAGUGGAGGCGACCUUGCGAGUGACGGAGCCCCUCAGCGUGCACGUGUCGCCGCGCCGUCUGGUGGUGGACAUGGGCAAGACAGCUGAGUUGCGAUGCGUGGUGCAGGGCCACCCCAUCACCUCCCUCACCUGGCUACGGAACGGGAAAGCCCUGCCCCCCGAUGGAAGGUUCGUGACAUCACCACGCGAGGUUCUCCGGAUCAGCAAGGUCGGGAAGGAGGACCGCGCCAUGUACCAAUGUGUUGUGUCUGCCCGCCAUGAGAACGUGCAGGCCGCGGCGCACCUGGCCCUCGGCGACUCGUCGCCAGAGCUGCACUACAGGUUCCAGGAGCAGACAUUACAGCCAGGGCCAUCAGUCAGUCUGAAGUGUGUGGCAACUGGGAACCCUCCGCCUCAGUUCAAGUGGACCCUGGACGGCUUCCCACUGCCAGAGAACGAGAGGUUCCUGGUGGGUCAGUAUGUCACCGUGCACGAUGACGUUAUCUCACAUGUCAACAUCACCAAUGUACGGGUGGAGGAUGGGGGAGAGUACACCUGCUCCGCCUCCAACACUGUGGGGGAGGUCAGCCACUCCGCCAAGGUGAAUGUGUACGGGCUGCCCUUCAUCAGGCCCAUGCGUCGGGUGUCAGCCGUGGCGGGGUCAGGCCUCCGGGUGAAGUGUCCUGUGGCAGGCUACCCCAUUGACAAGAUUACCUGGGAGAAGGAUGGCCGGGUGCUCCCCACAGACAUCCGGCAGCGAGUGUUUGACAAUGGGACACUAGUGGUGAGCCAGACACACCGCGACACUGAUGGUGGCCGCUACACUUGUCGAGCAGUGAACAGGCACGGCCACUCUGCCUCCAGGGAUGUCACCGUCACUGUUACAGUGCCUCCCAAGAUCAUGCCGUUUUCUUUCGCCAACAACAUCUUGAGUGAGGGCAACCGCGCCUCACUCACCUGUCAGAUUCUGGAGGGGGACUUGCCUGUUAACUUCAGGUGGGAGAAGGACGGGGGCACAGUUCCCACCUAUGACGGCAUUACCACACGGCUGCUGGACGACUACCAGACCCAGCUUGUCAUCGACCGCAUCUCCUCACGCCACAACGGAGAGUACACCUGUGUGGCCUCCAACGCCGCGGCAGAGAGGCACUACACCACACGUCUCACUGUCAAUGUACCGCCACACUGGGUGACGGAGCCCCAGGACAGCGGGGCAGCACAGGGCAGCACGGUGACACUCAACUGCCAGGCGGACGGCUAUCCCACCCCCACGGUCACCUGGAAGAAAGCCAUCACAGGUACACCGCAAAAUGACGAGGAAGCAGUCUCAUGGUGGGCAGUGGUGGCGGUGGUGGUGGUGUGGGGCGGCGGAGGGGGGGGGUACCAAGAGCUGCACUAUGGAGCCCACGUGGAGGUGUUUGACAAUGGGUCGGUGGUGUUCCGCAAUGUACAGAAGGCCAUGGAGGGGAAAUACUUGUGUCAGGCCAGGAAUGGUAUUGGCGCGGGACUCAGCAAGGUCGUGUAUCUGACAGUGAAUGCCCCAGCACACUUCCCGGAGAAGAUGGGACGUGUGGUAGUCCGCCUGGGUCAGACUGCUGUGCUGCGCUGCCCAGCCAGGGGGGACCGGCCCAUUGACAUCCUCUGGUCUGUGGAUGGCAGGCGGCUCGAUCCACAUGCCGAUCCGAGAGUGGAAGUGCGGGAGGAGACCAGUGAUGAAGGGUUUGCCUCCAAGCUGACUCUGACCUCAGCUGCCCGCUCCCACUCAGCCACCUACACCUGCCAUGCCGCCAACGCCUUUGGGAGGGACACCAGGAACAUUGAACUCAUUGUGCAGGAGGAACCAGAGCAGCCCAAGAACCUGAGAGUGGUGGAGACUCACAGCCGGCGGGUGAAGCUGUCCUGGAUGGCUCCUUACAGUGGCAAUGCACCCAUCCAAAACUACCUCAUCCAAUACAAGCUGGCCUCAGAACCAUGGCCAGGUGUACCAGAGCGGCUGAAUGUCCCGGGUGACCAGACGGAGGGAGUCAUCCACGAGCUGACACCCGCCACAGCCUACCACUUGCGGGUGACGGCACAGAACACCCUUGGCCUCGGAACACCUUCUGAAGUCAUCCAGGCAGCCACGGAUGAAGAAGAGCCAUCGGGACCCCCUCUGGACGUUCGGGUGACCCCAGAGUCCUCCACCUCGCUGCGGGUGACCUGGGAGCCCCCUGCGCGUGACCUCUGGAAUGGCAAUAUUCUGGGGUACUACGUUGGCUACCGCACUCAUGCACUCGCCUCCGACUACAACUUCCAGACCGUUGAGGUCGGGUCAGCGUACGGAGGGAGCUCCACUCUGACGGGGCUGCAGCAGUACACCAGGUAUGAGGUGGUGGUGCAGGCCUUCAACAACAGGGGGGCCGGUCCACUGUCCCCUCCCGUCAUUGCUACCACUGAGGAGGACGUGCCAAGCCUUCCUCCAGAGACAAUCCGCUGCGAGGCCACGUCCCCCCAGAGCAUCUCGGUGGCCUGGCGUCCCCCUCCUCUCCGCGGCCAGAACGGACUCAUUAAGGGGUAUCGCAUCCUCUAUACUCCGGCCUCAGAAUACUCAGGAAUGCUGUCUGUCUCGGUCGACUGGCUGGCGCAGGAGGAGGAGGAGGAGGAGGAGGAGAAGCAUCCCUGCCUUACCCCUCAUCCCCCAUACCCUCAUACCCCAGCCGCGAGUCACCCACCACCCGGAGAAGCAGUGGAGGAUGCCGAGUGUUCCCCCAGUGUGCCUGUGUCCGUUUUCUGGAUGGACGGAGUGGUCCCAGGGGAGUGGAAGAAAGCGGUGGUAUUGCCGCUGUAUAAGAGCAAAGCAGAUGAGGAGCUCCAAGGAGAAACGGCAGCAGAGAGCACCAAUAUAUUCAAUCUGGAGAAGUACACGAACUAUAGCAUCAGUGUUCUCGCCUACACCAGUGCCGGUGACGGGGUGCCCUCCUCCCCUGUCUUCUGUCGCACUCUGCAAGAUGUCCCGGAGAGUCCUGCAGGCAUCAAGGCAGUGGUCAGCUCCCCCACGACCAUCCUGGUGGCUUGGCUUGCCCCAGCUAAAGCUAAUGGAGUCCUCACGAAACACACUCUCUACAUGGCCAUCACUGCCGACCAGAACAGGAGGGAGCUGCCGGCCCGCACACUUGGCCCUGGGGAGACGUCCUACGUGGCAGAGGGCGUCAGCAGCCGAGAAACUUAUGAAUUCUGGGUCUCCGCGUCCACACAGCGCGGGGAAGGGCCGCCCACCGAGAGCAUACUUGUGAAGCCAACUGCCAAGGUGCCGGCCCAGAUAGCUUCCUUCGGCGGACCCCUGGAGGUGGCAUGGAAGGAGGAUGUCAGACUGCAGUGCCACUCAGUUGGGGAGCCACCUCCUGACAUCAGCUGGAGACUUAACGGCAAAAAGAUUGUCACCUCGGACAGAAUACAGGUUCGUCCAAACGGGUCCCUCCUCAUCCGUGAUGUGCAGAAGACUGAUGCGGGAAACCUGACAUGCUCAGCCACCAACACACAUGGCAAAAGCACCAUCUCCUAUCUUCUGACGGUCCAGGUGCCUCCUGCGCCACCGACCCUUUAUGUACAGGGCAGCUCCAGGGACGCCCUUACCCUGCGCUGGAGUCUGAAGCCCCACCAUGCGCCUGUCAGGGGAUACAUCAUGAACUACAAGAGAGAAUAUGGAAACUGGGAAGAGGUUGAGUUACACACGGCGCGCACCACACACACACUGUCUGGCCUGGUGUGUGGGUCGCGCUACCAGCUGUACGUCACGGCCUACAACAAGGUGGGCACCGGCCUGCCCUCCGAGAUCCUGACCACCUCCACCAAGGGAUCUGAGCCGGUCGUCCCCAGUCGUUCCAGAUUACUUGAUGUCAACUCCACCUCAAUCCUGGUUCACCUCAGCACUUGGGGGGACGGUGGCUGCCCCAUUUUGUACUACGUCAUUGAAUACAGACCCGCCUCAUCCAGGGAGUGGAUUUCGGUGGCAAACAACGUGGCAGCCAAUGAGAAGACCUAUGUGAUUCGCGACCUGACCCCUGCGACCCGGUACUCAGUGAGGGUGACGGCACACAACCACGCCGGCUCCAGUGUUGCCACAUAUGACGUGUCCACUCUGACACUGGAAGGAGUUCUGCUGACGAGAGAGGAGAGUAACCCUGGGGGCGCCACAUCACCACCACUAUACCAGGAUCUGCGGGUGGUGAUUCCAGCAGCGGUGGUGGUGGUCAUUGUCAUCGAGGUGGUGAUGGCGGUGGUUUGCGUCUUCAGGAGGAGAAAGAUGCGAGAGAGAAACGGGUCUGAAGGAAUAGCAGAGUCUCCAUCAACCGCACAGAUCCAGAACCAACAGAACCAGCACCAGCAGUACUCCGCCCUGCCCCCCACCACCCCCUCCACCCAGGACACUGCUACCAACAAGGAGUCCUCAGGCAAUGGAACAGUGGAUGACUACAUAGAGGACAUCUGCCCCUACGCGACCUUCCAGCUGCCUGCCGUGCCCAAGAGUCACUAUGGGGAGAGCACGGACUCUGGCAUCGUGUACUCUGGCCCCUACCACUCGGUCCAGGGGGCGUUUGUGUACCACGACCCCAAACGCACCACCCUUGAGACCUUCCCGCUUAGACAUCAGAAGGAGCCAGAGUACACCAAAGUGCGGAGAAAAGGAAGACGAGACCCACACGUUGAGAGCACAGAGUCCGACAACCUAGGAAGCACAGACUCUGAAGUGAAGAAGAUCCUUUCACUUCACAUGCCUAUCAGUGAAUACGACACCCUGGGCAGUGACUCAGAGGGCCCUGGCACCAGAGACUCCCCGCCCACCUUUGCAGAGUCCGCCGGCCUUGCCCACGCCCACAUCCACCCCCACCCGGCCCACAGCAGCCGCUCCAGGCCAGAGUCCGCAGUCAGUCAGCUCAGAAGCAGUACUGAUAUUUUCAAGCAUCGUGUUAGAAGUCGACAACAAGAGCCCUGCAAAUCCCAGGAGAACAGCAGCUCCUCUACAGACACCUCCAGCUCUGGCCGCCGCGCCCACCCUCGCCGGGGAAGAAAUCCACCAAAAGACAAAGCCGGGCCACUCCACGCUCCGGGUUUGAGGAGACGUCGUUUAGGCCCAUCAAGUGGAGGCUGGAGGCAGGCAGGAGGAGGGCAGCGGGACAGAGAGACAGGCCUGGGUGAGAGCGCCUCCUCCGCCUCCCCCCGCGGGUUUUCAGAUUCAAGGAAGGAGUACAGUGAAACAGAGUGUGAUAGGAGUGGGAAGAGGACCAGCGCCAGCACCAUCUCCUCCUCCUCCUCCUCCUCCAAGUCCCACCACCUGCAGCAGAAGUACUACAAGGGUGCCCGCCCCAGGGAGUCAGGCUACCAGAUUGAUGUCUAGUGAAGCGAGGGAGGCACAGGCAAAGAGGCGCAGGGUGAGAGAUGAGAGGCAUGAAGAGGCGGGUUGCUUUGCUGAGUUUGACACGCUUCACUUCGCUCGUACACUCACAUGUUCGUCCAUACGUCCACCAAUACGUUACAUUCUCUGUUUUGUUUUUUUGUUUCUACUACGAAGUUUUGGGGUUUUUAUACGUUGUUACACACACACACACACAGACACACACAUUGUUUUUCUUGUUUUCGACCUUCUAAUCCUAACAUUACCAAUAAGAGUAUUUUAUUUAACCUUUUUUUAUUGUACAUACGUUCACACACACACACACACACACACACACACACACACACACACACACACACACACACACACACACACACACACACACACACACACACACACACACACACACACACACACACACA